CUUGUUCCAACAGGUGGCUGCCUGUUUUUGCUAAGUCAUCCUGGGCACUUCUCAAAGACCUUUCUGUACUCCUUGGUGACUCCGCCUUCCUCCCCGCCCACCCCCGUGACGGACCCUUAAGUGGGCUCCCCGACUCUGCAGGGCUCACUCAGCGCUUCGCCAUGGCUUACAUCGCCAAGUCCUUCUACGACCUGACUGCCGUCAGCCUGGACGGGGAGAAGGUAGACUUCAACACGUUCCGGGGCAGGGCGGUGCUGAUUGAGAAUGUGGCCUCUCUCUGAGGCACCACCACCCGGGACUUCACCCAGCUCAACGAGCUGCAGUGCCGCUACCCCAGGCGCCUGGUGGUGCUCGGCUUCCCUUGCAACCAGUUUGGACAUCAGGAGAACUGUCAGGAUGAGGAGAUCCUGAACAGUCUCAAGUACGUGCGCCCCGGGGGUGGGUACCAGCCCACCUUCACUCUCGUCCAGAAGUGCGAGGUGAACGGGCAGAACCAGCACCCCGUCUUCGCCUACCUCAAGGACAAGCUGCCCUACCCCCACGACGACCCGUUUUCCCUCAUGACGGACCCCAAGUUCAUCAUCUGGAGCCCCGUGCGCCGCUCGGAUGUGGCCUGGAACUUCGAGAAGUUCCUCAUAGGGCCGGAGGGCGAGCCCUUCCGACGCUACAGCCGCACCUUCCCCACCAUCAACAUCGAGCCGGACAUCAAGCGCCUCCUCAAGGUCGCCAUAUAGCGUGAGCCGCCGCCGCCGGGGGCCCUCGGCAGCCACGCGCGACCGGAGCUGCCCCUUGCCCGGUCCCCUUGCCCUUCUCAUCCACGCGUUUGCUUUUCCCCUCUCGAACCUUCUGGUCGGUGAUCCCGCUUGGCUCCGAGUCUUGGGUGGGCCCUGGGCCUUCACAGAAUGAUGGCACCUUCCUAAAGCCUCAUGGGUGGUGUCUGAGCAGCGUGAAGGCCCGCGCCAGCCUGGCAGAUGAGUCCAAUAAAGGGCAGGUGUGCGAAUGGCC